AAAAUCGUAUAUUUUUCAUUGCGAACCGUGUUUGACGACUAUUACUUGAUUCAAGAAGAUAGAAAAAUUCUUUUGAAGGCAACCUGCAUGCAAUUGAAGAAAUGUGAUGAAACCUGUUCGUAUUUCUUCGGGGAACAACAAAGGUCCACGUCUUAGUCUGUUGAUUAUAAUUAUACACAUGAUUCUUCUUGAUCAAUGCAUUUCAACCGGGGCAGAUACUUGUAAAAUUGAUUGGAAUAUUUUGACUAAACCUAUUGAGUUAGACAAGGCUGUACAGUUGCAAUGUGACAUAAAAGAUGAAAAUCUCUGCCCUGGGACUCCAAGAUGGGAAGGUGGACCUGAACAUCAGAUUAUAUCAAUUGGUAACACUGUAUUUGAUAACAAAAAGUAUGAAAUAUCCAGUUCUCCUGGUAAAUACACACUAAAGAUUCUAAGUAUUACGAAGGAACAUCUAAACAGUCAAUUUGUGUGUCAUGUCAGAUUUAGCAAAUAUGCAGAAAUCUUAAAGGAUAAAAAGCCGGUUUAUAGUUUAAAAGUGGAGAAGCCAAAACUAAUGAGAGACGCAAGAAUUUUCGCAAAUAUAUCUGCAGUUCCUGUUAACAAUACAUAUGGUCAAUAUUUCUGGUCUAGACAUUUGGUUGAUAAAAGUACCGAAGACGAAAUCCUGUCAAAUAAAGACAAGUUCCUAGAAAAAGAAGAAGACGAUGGGUUAAGUUUAACGAUAAAAAAUGUUUCUACAGGGGACGUCAAUAUGAUAUACAAACUCAAUUAUAGUGAUACUGUGUUCAUAGCAAAUGUCAGACUAGAAAACCUAUCAAUGGAAACAGAUGAGAAAAAAGACACAAAGACCCUUGAAGGAAUAGGCAGCUUUCAUGGAGGAAUUCCAGUUGUAGCAAUAAUUGUAGUUAGCAUGGUUAUGGUAUUGGAGAAGAGGCAAAACACGUUUUGCGAAAACAAGUUAAAUACUCAAGAACUUGGCAGAAACAAGGAAAGCAGUUCUCUUCUAAUCGUUAAAUUUGGUUUAGUAGAUGAAGAAAGUCUUCAAAUAACUACAAAUUGA